GGGAGUCACUACGUCCGGUGUUGCGCUCCAAUCGACCUUGUCCGCUCUUCGCCAAUUUACCCGUGACUGACUUCACCGUCCCCGCAUUCCUUUCGCUCGGCAGAACACGAUCCUUCUCCUCGCCGGCCCUUUCUCCCGGAUAUUCCACAGCUCUCUAACCAAAUAAACUCACGGCUUUCGAGCAACGUCACCAUGUCUCUCGCCCGUGCUAUGACAAAGCGCAUGCGACGCACAGAUGCUUCUCAGGCAGCGCCGACUCGUUCAGCGAGCGCAAGAAACCCUGGCCAACACAUCGACAGGAAAAAGAUCUCGAUGCCAGUCGCUUUAAUCUCAACGACGAACAUGCUAUCCUACAAUGCGCCGGAUAUCGCGACCAUGCGACAUGCCUCGAACGGUUCAACGUCAACAAACUUGUCCGGCGACGACUCUGAUCACACUACGUCUACAACUAGAUCUCGUUCUUCGUCGAAUCAUUCCCGCGAAACACUCACCGAUGCGUCUUCCGUGGGCUCGUCGCCAACUUCACCGGAGCCAAACCACCUGUCAUGUUACUUUCCGCCAGCAAACGCUACACGCGAGUCCAUAUCCUCUAGCAAGGUGAUUCGCAAGACCGAAUCCAUGGACUCCAUGCCUGCUGUUGCUGCAACUCUGUCAAGCCCAGCGAUCCCGCAGCGGGCACUCUCUCACAGCAAGCGUGCCCACGAGCGUAUUGCAAACAAGCGUUCGUUGCAAAACAUGAAGCCACCGAGCAGCAUCCACACCAGGGACUCUACUCGAUCAUCGUGCGAACAACGGACGUCACUAGACAUGUUCAAGAACACUCCUGAUGAACACCCGUUCGGAAAGGAGCUGGAGCAACUCAACGAAGUCGCCGAAGAAUUCGGCGGCGUCGUCCGGGACGCGGAAAUGGAGGAAGACAUGGCCGUCAUAGCCAAACUCGGCCUCGCCAAAUUCCGCGCUACAGACUACUUCAGCGAGAUUCAACCGCUCUUCAACAGCUUGUUUGAAACCCGAUACCUUGCUGCGCCAACGGCCUGGAUCUAAAGCACGAUGCAAACUCUCGACAGGACUGGAUCCUUGGAUGGACUGGCAGAUAUUCGGCCCAGAUUUUGCCCAAUACGCCAGCAGAACUUUCUUGUGCAUACUUAUAUUACAUACACCCCCUUUGAUUUCGUCACACUCACUUUUGAUACUCCCAUUUUUCCUUUGGUCCGGCUCGGGGGCAGGCG